UUCAUCAUCACGAUGCUGCUUCAUCUGCUCAUCCUAAUGUUCCUCUUACAGACUCGUAUCAUCUGUGGUGAACUCUGUGGACUGGAACAUGUAUCUGCUGCUGAAGGAGGAGAAGUCAUUCUACGUGUCCCUCGGUCGGAGAACACCAUCAUCAACUGGGUUUUGUUACCAAGUGGAACUGUUGUUGCUACAACUGAGCCUGGAAAACCUAUUAAUGAAAAAGCUUUGAGGAACGAGUAUAGAGGAAGAGUGAGCGGUGAAGCUGAUGGAUCCUUACGCAUCAAUCAUUUAUCACUGAAAGACCAGGGGGUCUAUAGAGCUCAAUCAACAGAUGACAGGAUCUGUGUCAAGUUUAAUCUCACGCUGUACGAGAACCUGUCAUCUGGAGACAUCAAGAUCAACCACAACCUUACCAGGAAUGACACUUGCUCACUGAGUUUGUUGUGCGCAGUGGACAAACGAGAUGUGACUAUAACAUGGAGUAAUGCGCAGAGCGGCGACAUCAAUGUGACCGGAGGUGUCCUGUAUGUACCUCCCAGGGAUGUGAACUUCACCUAUACCUGCACCGCACGUAACCCUGUCAGUAAUGUCUCCAAGACUGUGAUCCCCGGGGAAUACUGCAGGAGAGGUGACAGCAACUCAAACAACUCAUCGAUGUUAGGGCAAAGAUUGUUCCAUGGACUUACCCCUGCAACCAUCAUUAUUAUUAUUAUUAUAGUCGCUGCAGUCUUCUGUAUAUGGUGCAAGAAAAGAAAAAGCCAAAAAGCUGAAAUGACGAGGACAGAGAUGACGACAACGGAGUACGCUAAGGUGGAAGGCCUUCAAAAUCCUUAUUAUGAGAGUCAAGGAGAGAAUCAAGGAUCUGCAAGUGUCUACAGCGAGGUCCAGCAUGCCAAGAAAACAACAAAUUCUCCCAAAAAGUUGGCAGAGAACAAGGCAAAAACAGGAGAAACAGUUUACAGCGAGGUUUCCUUACCCAAGCAAACAAAAAAUUCUCAAAAGAAGUUGGCCGAGAAAGAGGCAAAUCCAGUAGAAACAGUUUACAGCACGGUCUCAUUACCCAAGGCAUGAUGAGAACAUAAAACAGCUUUACGGUAUUAUCAGAUGGUGUCCUAUAGACUAUGCCUACAGCAAUUGUUGCAGAGCCCAGAUGAGAUGUCUCUACUGAAUUCAUAAUAACCAGGAAUGUUUUGGGCAAGUUCUGAAAUGUGUCAUUUUUCCACCUAAAAUGUGCAAGAUAGAAGAAGAAAACUGCCUAUCCAUUCUAUCUGUAGGUGGUUAUCCUGCAGGCCAGUGUCUGACCUCUCAAAGAGUUUUGACUUCUGAUCCAAAAAUACUCAUCUGUAGGCAGUAUAUUUUUUUGGUUUGCUCAACAAGGAGAAUCUGUACCUAUAGUGAGCACCUGGAAUAUGGAAAUGGGACCUCAAUUUUUUGACGUUCAUAUGUUCUUCAUGAUCAGUAUCCGCAAGAAACUUCAUCAAGCCUCCAGCCAAAAUCCGAAUGAACCAAAGCUCUCCUACCAAUUGCUCAAACAACCACAUGAACAAUCAUCUGCUACUUACGAUUGUUCACAUGAUCGUCCAUUUUCAAUAUUGUCGGCCCAACAGAACGCCUUUUUCCACAGAGUGAGGUGCUGAUGACAAAAUAAUAAUUUUUAUGUGCACAUAAAGGAUGAGCUCAUUGACAAACUGGCUCGUUGUCCUCUGGCAGCUAGGACCCUUUAUGCAGGGAAAUAAGUGGAAACAAGCAUUUUAGAUUUCAUGAUGGAUCAUCUGCCUGUGUAAAAGGUCCAUAAUAUGAUGUACAUGAGACAAUGAGGACCAAAAACAAAGCAUUAUGGCAAGACUGGAAGGAACUUGGUUGUCAGGUCAGCAAGGUGGCUAGAAGAUUGGCCCUGGUUUUGCCUUUUGAUCCGCUGCCUCUAGAUUUGACUGUGGAGUGUUUCUGACCAAGGACAAUCUACACGAAGUUUGGAUGUUCUCUUGGAUGGGUUUGGGUUGCUCAUACAUUCAAAACAUUCAGACUGGUAGGUUCAUAGAGAUUGGGCUUAUGUAAUAAAAUUGUCAGCCCCACUGGGGACAGAGACUGAUGUGAAUGAUGACAAUCCUAAACAAUGACUUGAAAGUUACUUCUCCAAACGGACAUUGGCGUUUUGGCACAGUGGUACCAAACCCUGUUUUUUUUUCAGUAUAAAUUGAUUUAAGAAGUUAUUAUGCGAAGUGUCAUGAGACUUCGCAAAGUAAUAACUUCAUCUCAUCGGAGCCAAUACAUUAUAAUACUGUACAAGGCUCCUGCUCCGUACAGUAUUAGAACAAAGUUUUAUGCGAAUCGACUUUGGAUGUUUCAUCCAAAGUCGAUUCGCUCAUCCCUUAAAAUUUGGACAGACCCCAAAAUUAACACGGUUUUUGUUAGUUUAACUAAGGUUGGGAAAUUCUACAAAACUGUACACCCGAAAACCACAGUCUAAAAAUAUAACUAAGAUGUGAUAUUGAGAUUACCACAGACCUGUGCUACUUCUUGUAACUUACACAGAAGUCUCAAGCAGCAGUCAUCAGCUCAUCACUGCAGGACCACUGGAUGCAGGGGGUUGUUGGGGAUGCAGGGGGUUUAACAUGAGUUAUUGCUGUUUUAUAUGUUAUCACAUUCCCUGCUCUUACACAACUUUUUUAAAAGCUUGGAUAUCCUCUUUAACCCUUAUCCUUACUUAAAGGAGCAUUCUCCGGAUGACAACUUAACACUUAUCCACAGGAUAGGUGAUACGUGUCCGAUCAGCGUAGGUCCAACUGUUGAGAGUCCUACUGAUUAUGGGAAUGGGGGUCUCCAAGUCCACUGUGUGAAUUGAAUGGCAGUGUGCAUACUUGACCAAUAUUCCAUUCAAACAGGGGACAUAGAACCCUUGUUCUCAUGAAUGAUGUGGGUCCCAGUGGUCAGACUGUAAGGAGUGGAAUGGUCCACUUGGGAGGAAGCUUGGACUGUGAUAUUAUGGACACAUGUUUGUGUGUGGUUCAAAUGAACUUUUUUAUUACAUUAUGUAAGUUUGAAGUGGCUGCUUCUUUAGGACCACCUAGAAUCACCAGGCCUAACUAGGACGUGUUAUAUUUUUCUAACCGAGCAACAGUUGGGGACAGCAUACAGAGUACUGUCUGCAUCUUAUGUGCCCCCAUUGAAGCGUAUUUUUUGUGGCUCGGAUGCUGACCCAAACAACGGUCGUGUGCAUGAGCCCUUAAUCCGUGGCUGUCCUUAAAGCCAGCAUUAGUGGUUUGCCGUACUGAUUAUACAGUAUACUGAUAAUAUCUGGUACAAUAUCAUCCCUUUCAGUUUACGUGUUUUUUAUACUAAUUAUUUUAUUAAAGGGGUUUUCCGAGACUUAAAUACUGAUGACCUAUCCUCUGGACAGCUCCUCGCACCUUUACCUAGGCCACAGAAAGCCAGUGCUCAAGGGGCACAAAAAUCUGAUCGGGACCCUCACUAUUUUUUUUAUUCAUCUUUUACUAUUUUUAUUAUAAUCUGUUAUGUAUGUGCUUUAUACUAAUUAUUUUAUUAAACUUUUCCUUUUUUUUUUUAUCCAUUGGAAAACCUGUUGUACAAUGUACAGGUAGCUAAACGGGGACAGUAUUUUUAGUCCCAGGACUCUCCCGGCAAUCAGACUGGUGGCUGCUAUUAUAGGGGCAACAUUUUAGUGGGAAUCCCUUCCCUUGUGAUCCCAUGAUUGCAUCAUCACGAAGGAUAAACAGAGUUCUAUCUGGCCCUGGAUCAUGUGUGGGGGAUCGCAAGCCACAAGCACUUGCGAUCACAACUUUCUAAGGGACCUUUUACCCUAAAUGUGUGCUAAUGCAUGUUGAUCGAAGCUCAUUUAAAGGUCCUUUCAUACCACCCUAUGCAGACUAAACGGGCAUAUUGUUGACAACACGUCCACUGUUUACAUGGAGUGAUGUGAUGCUGACAAAAGAAGGUUUUUCAAACUGAAUGACAGAUGCCAUGUUUACAUGGGGCAAUUAUCAGGAAUGGGAAUUUUGGUUUCUGGAUCAUCUGCUUGUAUGAAAGGGUCCUAACUGUCUGGAAAUGCUAGGUAACCACAGACGUUUAACACCACAAUGAGUAGAAAAGGGUAGGAAGGAGUAAAAAUGGAACUCUACUCGAAGCUAACAACUCACUUCUGUAUUCUCUGCGGCUACAGACAGGAAGUGUGAAGAUAGAUGUGACGUGUGUGGAAACAUGCACUCCACUAGGCAACUUGUGUGACAACAUCUUUCUGUGUAAAAACCGAUAGAAAUCCACCCAAGACCACAAGUAUGGUCAGGCAACUCAAAACUACAGUUCUCACCAGAGGUUGCAUUUGCCGAGACACUUCAAACUUUUAUAAUCUUUAGCAUUUUAUAAUGAAAGAUGCACCAACUUUGUAUUAAUAUGGUCUUGUGUCUUCAUCUUUCAAGCAAAGUUAUGUGUCUCCAUGGUAACAGACUACAAACAAACCCUGUGUAGCCUGACCCCUCCAUCUGUCCUGUGCUAAUGUAUGUUGAAAAGAAGCAGAGGACAGAUAUAAGUCAGUGUACAAUUGGAAGAUCAGACUACACAGGCUUUGUUUUGUAGUCUGUUGCCAUAGAGACGAAUAGGUAAUUUAAGCAGCUACAGAUACCAAACGUGAAUAUAUUUUUAAUCUAGGCUCAUUACAAAGAUACUUUAUUUUAUUUGAGAUGAACGGCAGAAUGUUUGCACAUGGAUGAGGAUGUGGACAUUCCCACCUGAGAGUAGAUGUUCCUUCCUCUUAUUUACAGAAUUGUGACUAAAUGGGUAAAAACUGCCGUGUAUAGGGAGGUAAAAAGGAUGAGACAGCAAUAUAUAUAGAUCUAUGGAGCUGUAUGGAGACUUGGGGACCAAAGCUCUCCAUGGCCUCCAAAGUAGAUGAUUAAGGCCUCAACUUCCUGUCCCUAGUUCAUGUAGAAUUUAAAAUGCUGAAGUGUUUUUCUGAAGAUUUUGAGAAUUCCUUUUAAGCUCUGUAACUAUUCAUAAUGGGGGUAAAAUCUCCUACUGUAUAUAUACACUGUAUAUAUCAAGAGUCCAAAAAGGGUCAAGCGUUUGCUGAAGUAAUAUCUUCUCCGUUUCGAAAGAUGUAAGAAAAUAUAUAAAUUUUUCUGCUUUA